AUGGUUCCUUGUUACAAAUUUUUUAUUUUAGUACUUCAUCUGUUGCUUAUAUUAAAUUAUUUGAUAUUAUUUCUCAAAAAUUGUUUACUGAAUUUGGAGAUCAUGGAAUUCAAAAGAAUUGGCAUUUUGAUAAUCAGUUGGCAGCAAUAAAUGGCUGUAAAUCAAUUUUUAUUGAAGAUAUUGUUGAAGGAUCAGAACAAAAAACUUCAAAUUUUGCAAAAUUGUGGCAUGAACAUUUAAAUUCUUUAUUUUUUGGAAAACAUCCAGGAUUAAACAGAUUUAUUAGAACAAUGAGGGAAGAAUUGUCUAGAGCUGGGUUACAAGCUGAAAGAAUUUUUCGUCCACCAGAUUUUAUUACUUCAAUUAAUUUGGAUAAUAUUGAGGCUGUCAAUAAUGUAAGUUAUAUAAAAGAGGAAGAAAAUAUUUUUGAUUAUCCUUCAAAUAAUUAUGAUA